CGGUACCGAGCCAAAUAUCUUGCAAUUCCCUUCUUCUAUUUUCUAAGUUCCAUCAUUUUCAAAAUUUGCUUAGCCAACGCACAAACAAUCAUAUUUCAAACUCUCUUUCUCUCUCCUCUCACUCCUUUCAAAAUCUUCCGUAUUUCAAUUUCUUUUCCCUGUUGAUAAAUUCUCAUUCGACCAUCCAAUAUUAAUUCCUUUCUCCGUCCUUUUCAUUCUCCAUCAAAUCAAAUCGAAAAGCAAAGGCGCGAAUUUCCGCCGCCAUGGAUGAGAACUCAAAGAUCGUCGAUGGUGGCGCUCCUGCUAAAACCACCGCCGAAGACUCCGCCACAACAAACCCUAACCCUAAUUCCGAUGUCGCAACUUCUAAUUCUAACUCCGUCGUCGACGCCGCCGCCGCCGCUAACCUAGCCGUCGCAACAGAAGCUGGAUCCGAUGCUGAUUCUCGCUCUCGCAACUCAUCGAGAACUCCAUUUACAAACCUCAGUCAGGUCGAUGCUGACCUCGCUCUUGCCCGAACCUUACAGGAGCAGGAAAGGGCAUACAUGAUGCUAAGUAUAAAUGGGGGUGUGGCUGGUUAUGGAAUGUGGGAUACUGGAAUAUAUGUACAUGAUGAUGAGGAUGACGAGUUUGGAGACUCACAUGACCACGAAUAUGAUGAUGACGAUGAUGAUGAUGAGGAGGAGGAGGAGGAGAAUGUAGAUGAUAUUGGAAAUUAUGAUGAUGAUGAUGAGGACGCAUUCGACAUUCACGCUCAUGAGGACUCAGGAGAUGAUGAUGCACCUGAGGUUGAACUUGAUCCUAGUGCAUUUCCUGAUGACGAGGCAUAUGCGAGGGCCUUACAGGAUGCUGAAGAGAGGGAAAUGGCCGCUAGAUUGUUGGCUAUAGCUGGGAUAACGGAACGAGAAAUAGUCGAUGUGGAGGACCAAGGAAAUAAUUCUCAGGUUAGUCAGGAUACUUGGGAGGAUGUUGAUCCUGAUGAGCUUUCUUAUGAGGAACUGAUUGCUUUGGGUGAAGUAGUUGGUACAGAGAGUAGGGGGUUAUCAGCUGAUACAAUUGCAUCGCUUCCUUCAACAAAUUAUAUAUCUCCAGACAAUAAAGAAACAGAAGCUGAUACUUGUGUCAUUUGCCGAUUAGACUAUGAGGAUGGUGAUGCAUUGACCACGCUCCCUUGCAAGCAUGCCUACCAUUCAGAUUGCAUAAAUAAUUGGUUGGAAAUAAAAAAGGCUUGUCCUGUUUGCAGCACAGAGGUUUCAACGUCUGGGAAUAGCUAAUAACUGUUAUCGAUUAUACUUUGGUGUACAUUGCAUGCUCAACAUGUAUCGCAGAUUAAAGGCCAUAGAUUGUCAUGAUUUUUCUUUAUGGGGAAUGAAAUAGUUUUUUUGUUGUUGUAUCUGUUCUUGUUUAAACUAUUCCCCGUUCUUGAAUGGAAUGUCUCUUUUUUUUUAUCA